GUGGUAACAGUGUUGCCCUCGGGGAAGUUUGUAGCUGCAGAGGUGAAGAGCUAUUCUGUACGAGAAACAAAUCUAGGCUAUAACUUGGCUGUAGCAGUUGAAUUCACAUAUUUAUUUUAAUUAUUCAUAAAUACGAGUUUUUGUUUUGUUUUGUUUUGCCAGGUGUGCUUUAACUGGCAUCUUUAGUAAACGUUAGCUAGAUGGAGCAGGAUUUAGCCGAGGGUAAAAUCAUCCGCUCUCAUAAACAGAACACAGGCGAAAAAUGGAUGUUUCUCACCCCUAUGAUCAACAGCUGCAAGUUGCACCUCACGACUGAGAAAUCUCUCGUGCCAGCGAGAGCACAAGCGAUGAGUGACUCUCAAGAUCAUGUAAAAGAAACAUUUAACCACUCUGACCUAGAAAACAGUUUACAUGGAGGCAUCCAGAAAAGAGCUGUCCAGGAACUAUUUGCAAGUGACAAAUGUACAUAUAGUCAAAAAGUGCUGCUCAGUGGAGCUGCUGUUUCAGAUGCUGCAUACAAAGCAAGACACAAAGCAAGGAGACAAACCCAGUGUACGGGGGAAACUUUUGGCCAGAAUGCCUUAAAAAAUGCAAAACCCGCAGGUGAUUUUCCUGGAUGUAAUUACAGUGCUGUGCCUGGUUUUCUCUCCACUCAAUUGCCUUUCACAUCCAGUUUUCAACGAAUUGACUUGGAAAGACAAUCUCUGGAGGAAUGCCCACAGUUGGACUUUGUAAAAGAACUGCAGUUUCUCAACCUUCAGCACAAUCUAAUUACAAAGAUCCAACAUUUGUCACAUUUGCAGCAGCUGGUUUUACUGAAUUUGCAUGACAAUCACAUCAGUGACAUGACCGGCAUUGAAGUUCUGAGGUCUCUCAGGAUCCUCAUACUGGGGAAGAACAGAAUUCAUGAAAUCUGCUGCCUGGACAGCUUGUCUAAACUGAAUAUGUUGGAUUUGCAUGACAAUCAGAUCUGCAGGAUAGAAAAUGUAUCUCAUCUGAGUGAAUUAAGAGUGUUGAACCUAGCAGGAAACAACAUCUCCAAAGUGGAAAACUUGCAGGGUCUUGACUCUUUGACUGAACUGAACCUACAGCAGAACUGCAUCUCUGUUGUGACAAGGCAGCAUGCUGUAUGUGUGUGUGUAUGUGUGUGUGCAUGCGCAGGGUGGAUGGGGAUGCUGCAUGCUGGAGCUGAGAGCUGCAAGACUGAGGUGGACCAUCUGCCCUUGUUGCAGCGCCUCUUUCUCAGCUGCAACAACAUCACCAGUUUUGACCAGCUAGCCUGCCUUGGAGAGUCGUGCUCCCUUUCUGAGCUCACGCUGGAUGGGAAUCCUGUAGCCCUGGAGACAUGGUACAAGCAGGCCGUCCUGCGCUGUGUGCUUCAUCUCAGACAGCUGGACAUGAAGCGCAUCACAGACGAGGAUCGGCGCAUGGCAGGUGUACAGGCUCGAAAAGAGGAGGAAAAGAAGAAGGAGAGUCACAAGCAGACCAUUCAUAAGGAGAAGCGGCGUCUAGCAAUCCGUAAUGCUGCACAGCAGUGGGAGGGUGUCAGGGCCUGCCUGGAGCUCCCAUCCACAAAUGGCGCUAAAGAAGAAGUCAGUCCAGAGAACAGCCCUGCUCACAGCCCCGCCCAGACCAAUGGCCUUACACAGGAACCUUCCCCUGAUGAACCAAGGCGGGUAAGCCCAGGUUCAGGACCAGAGCGGCCGUCAGGGGGAACAGAAAUCAGACUCCAGACCAACAGCCGUCCAAACAGCCCACGAGACCCCAAGCUUGUGGAGGCAGGGAGUGGCAGUGUUCAAAGCUUGUCCUUGUCUGACAGUCACCUGGCAGAGCUGGAUGGAGACACCCUGCGUUUAUUUGGACUUGGAGCCCUGGAGGCCCUGGAGAGGGGCUGGGGUGUUCAGACUGCUGGUGCUGUCACUGUAAUAACCUUCCGCUACAUCAGCUUUGAUGCCAUAGUACCAACACUGCCACGAAUAAGAGUCAAGUUCCCAAAUCUGUCGCAUAUGAUCUUCUUGGAAACCAACAUCAGCCGUCUGCCGCAGCUGGCAGCCCUGGCUCAGGUGAGGCGCCUAGACCAGCUGACCAUACACCCAGAUGGCAACCCAGUGGUCAGUUUGACUCUUUGGCGCUCCUUUGUCAUCUAUCGUCUUCACCACUUCAACCUGCAGAGAAUCAAUGGCCUGGAGGUGACCAUGAACGAUGUGAUCGCUGCAGAACGUGUGUUUGGAACACUGGGCCAUAUAGCAGCCACCGAAACUCCACGUUGCCGGCUCCUUCUGCUGCUUGAGGAGUCCAGGAAGCGGCAGUUGCAGUUCCUGUUGGAGGGCCGUGGCCGGCGGGCAGGACUCAGUCCAGAGGAGCUGCGUGAUAAUGGGAAACUCCUAGGAGAAGGCCUGAGCAGAGCAUUGUUUAACUAUCCAAGCAGAGACUGCAGUGCAGAGAGCCCUGAGGAGGGCAGUGUGGAGUCGUCAGAGCGUGCUACUAUGGUAGAGCAGUACCUACAGGAGUUGGUCCAAAGUGCAUCAGACACCAACCUGAAGGGCGAGGCUUUACACAAGCUCUGGCCUUCCAUGUUUGCAGAGAUGGUGAGAGACUGUGUCUUGGAGAUGAGGGACCGAGCGGCCUUCCGCCAAGCCAGCCUGGCAAAGCUCUCUGAGACCAAGUGAAAAGGACCCAAGGUUCACUGUUAGGCAACAUACCUGCACACGUGGACAGAGCUUUCUUGAGCAUCUUCGUCCUUUAAUUUCAAAAUGGAUUACACAUAAUCACUUUGUCAGUUUUAAUGCAUUUGGAAACACAAGGGUGUAUUUCCUUAGUCUGUUGGAAGCUUCUGCUUGAUAUGUACGUAGACUAUUUUAUAGAUGUCUGAAGAAAUUGUCUGAAUGUAGAUUUUUCACUAAAAAACCCACAGUUUGAUUCUUCAGAGCUUGAAGGUAAAUAAUACUUGAAGAACGUUAAAGAGACUUAGUGACUCACAGUGCAUUGUUGUCCCUACGGAGCAUUGUCUGCACUUUAAAAGCCAUCUGAAUGACCCCUCUACACCAUUAAUAUCAUCAGCUGAAAAUGACCAGUGUGUCUUUUCUUGAGACUAGAAUGAUUUUUCUGUCUUAAAGCCUGUCUCAUCCAUUGCUCUCUCAUUUCUUCCUGCGGGACAUAAAUGCAAGGGCACAAACAAGGACAAGGUCUUUUCUUUGUUUACCACUGAUUUUCUGUAUUGUACUUAGUAUUAAACAAUUCUGCAUUAACA